AUGCUGAUUUGUUUUCUACUUUCACAACGUAAUAUCAGUAAAUUUCAAUAUCGUCCUGGAAGUAAUGAUGAAGUUAUUGUUAAUUGUAUAGGAUCAGAAGGUGACGUUGUUAUUCCUAAAACUGUUAAAGAAAUAGCAGAUGGACCGUGGAGUUUCUUUGAAUGUAUAGGUACAAUCACAUCAAUUACUUUCCAAGAUGACAGUGAAAUUAUCAGUAUUGAUAGUAAUAGCUUUUACAGCCUUGAAAUUGAACUCGCAAAUCUGAGUAAUUGUAAUAAACUAGCUUUUCUUAAUUCGUCACUAUUUUAUAAUUGCAUUAAUUUAAAAACAGUUAUACUUCCAAACAAUAUUUCAAGUAUAGGUAAUAGUUGUUUUGGUGUUGAUUCUAGUUUACAAUCAAUAAGCUUUCCAGAAAGUUUAGUAGAGAUUAAAGAAUAUGCUUUUUCUGGUUGUGGAUUCACAAGCAUCACGAUACCAGGAAAAAUCAGAAUUGGAAAUGGAGUAUAUUCUAACUGUAAAUCGUUAAUUAAUAUCACAAUUCUAGGAAAUAUAUCAUAUAUUAGUAAAACGUUUUUUUCGAGAUGUGAUUCAUUAACAAAUAUCAUAAUCUUUGGAAAUGUAAAUGUUAUUGAAGAAGAUGGAUUUUCUAAUAGUAAAUUAUUAACAAACGUUACAAUCCUUGGAAAUGUUAGUUAUAUUGGUCAGCAAGCAUUUUAUAACUGUAAAUCAUUAACAAAUGUCAGAUUCAAAGGAGGUUUAAAAUAUAUUGGAUAUGAUGCAUUUUUUAACUGCACAAACCUAACAAGUAUCUCAAACAUAGAUUGUUCAACUACUAUUUCAGAUUCUGCAUUUUAUGCAUGCAUAAACUUAGAGAGUAUAUCAAUCACAGGUGAUAACAUUUCUAUUGGAUCACAAUCAUUUGAAUCUUGUACAAUCUUAUCAAAUAUCACAAUAAUAGGUGAUAACAUAUCUAUUGGAGAAGCUGCAUUUAGAUCUUGUACAAACUUAUCAAGUGUCACAAUCACGGGUGGUAACAUAUCUAUUGGAUUGUAUGCGUUUUAUCAAUGUGCAAACUUGAUAAGUUUUGAAAUUCAAGGAAACUUAACAUUAUUGCCUGAAGCAACAUUUUAUAAAUGCGAGAAAUUAGUAUCUAUCGUAUUGCCAGAAAGUUUAAAAUUUAUUGGAACGUCUGUAUUUGCAUGUUGCACAAACUUACAAAAUAUUAUUUUCCCAAGAAAUUUAACAUAUCUUGGAAGAUACACAUUUUUGUCAUGCAAAAGCUUAAAAAGUAUUAUAUUACCAGAGAGUGUAACAGUUAUUGGUUCUGGACUAUUUCAAUAUUGCACAAACUUAGCAACUAUCAUAAUGCCAGAUGGUUUGAAAUCUAUUGAAUAUAGUGCAUUUUCUGAAUGUACUGGUUUAACAAGUAUCCCAUUUCCAGGAAGUUUAACAUCUAUUGAACAUAAGGCAUUUCGUAAAUGUACUGGUUUAACAACGAUCUCAUUUCCAGGAAGUUUAGCAUCUAUUGAACAUGAGGCAUUUUCUGAAUGUGCGAGUUUAACAACGAUCUCAUUUCCAGGAAAUAUAACAACUAUUGGAGAAUCUGCAUUUUCUUCUUGUCCAAAAUUAAAAAUUAUUACGUUCCAAAGCAAUACUAAUACGAUUUCUUUUUACUCAAAUCCAUUUUCGGACAAUAUACUAAAUUUUUCCAUUCAAACAGUUUUAACAAACUCGUCUAAAGAUUUUUUUGGCGAAAAGUCAGUUUACGUGCACUAUAAAAACAUAACAGAACUUACCGAUCAAACAACAAUUGAUGUUCUUCAAUACAUCGCUAUUGAGCACAUAAUUAAUCCACUUGAUGCUUUAACUGAAAAUGUCAAUGAUCCUAUUGUUUAUGAAUCUGAUUAUAGUUUUCUCUCUAUUCUCUUGAUUGGUCUAUACUCAUAG